UCCAACACCAAAACAAGCAAAAAAACACACACACAACAAAACAUCAAUUUUCCCAAAAAUGGUCAAGACAUAAACCAAAAUUUCAUCGCCGUCAUCGUCAUCAUCAUCAAUGUCGUCGUCGCCACCACCUCAAAACUCAAAAAGGAGAUUCAAGGGAGUGAGAAUGAGAAGCUGGGGAUCAUGGGUCUCCGAGAUCAGAGCGCCCAAUCAAAAAACGAGGAUUUGGCUCGGCUCCUACUCCACGGCGGAGGCGGCGGCGCGAGCCUACGACGCCGCGCUCCUUUGCCUCAAGGGAUCCUCCGCCAACCUCAACUUCCCCGCUUCCUCCAAGAUCUCACACAUCAACGCCGAUCAAACCAUGUCUCCCAAAUCAAUCCAAAGAAUAGCCGCCGCGGCCGCGGCUAGUGCUGAAAUUCUAGAAGGUUCUAGAAACCCUAGCCCUGUGUCGCCGACGUCGAGCGAGGGCGAGUCGCCCUCGCUGUCGUCUUCGUAUCAGAUCGAAGACGACCGGAUUUUGGCGGCGGGGGCGGACUAUUUCGAGGAGGAGAAGGACGUGGCGGCGUGGUACAACUUUGAUUCCCCGAAGUACAAUGAGAUGAUUAAUGGGGUGUUUUACGAUCCUUUGAUGAUGGAGGAUUAUUCGUAUGAAGAUGGCGAUAUUCGGUUGUGGAGCUUUUCUUGAUUUUUUUUUUUAUUGUUUAUUUAUUGGAUGAUGAUCUUCAGUUUAUUUUGAUGAAGACAUUACUGACUUUAUUAGGACGGAAAUUAUACAUAUAUUAUAAUUUUUGUAAUUUAUUGAGUUGAAGAUUUGGGGUUUCAUUUGCAAGAGAGUGACAUUUUUUCAUGGGCUCUUUUGAGUGAAUUUGACUCUAUUAAAUAGUUAUGUAUCUAUAUAUGUGGGAUUUGUCGCUUGUAAUAACAUUUUAAUUCAUAUUCUCUA